AUGGCCAGACUCCUGCAUGUCUACAACCAAGCAGCAGGCAGCACAGAGACGUUUGUAAGCCGCAAAGAACGGUUUGUGAUUAGUGAUGACAUGACAGUCAAACCGGCAUCCACCAGCAGCCUGCAGUCGCUGCCUCAAGCGUUCAGUUCCGAUGGGAUCGGCCAUGGCUUCGAGGAGGUCCAAGUGAGCGUCAGCUGGGAGACUGUUUUGUUUAUGUUCAAGGCCUCCCUUUCUUCGGAUACAGUACUCACUGAUGCAUUUCUACCAAAUCUGCUAACUGACUGUCAGAAACAGGCUGCUGGUGUUUCUAUGAAACAGAUCACCAUCAAUCAGAAAAUGCUACCGUUCGAUCAAUAUUCUGCAGGCUCUUCACCAGAAAGCAAGAUCAAGAUCUUCUAUCACACCGAUGAAAAGAAGGUCAUGUAUGCCGAAUGCAGCCAUGAGUUCGUCGACCUGCUCCUCGGUUUCCUGACUUACCCUAUCAGCUCAGUUAUCAAGAACACGGGGGCUGGCACUCCCCAUCUUGGCACGUGCCUUAACAAUCUCUACAAAAGUGUUACCGGUCUCGACGAGGGUGGGUGCUUAACAGGUGCCCUCACCAAGAAUGAGUUGCUGAAUCCAAGCCUUAGACCGUUCGAUCUUUUGAGCAACCUUGUGUGUCGGGCACUAGAUUGCCGGUGUUUGAAAGAUACGAUGCCAGAGUUAGCGUGUUUUUGCUGCCACCCUGAGCUUGUUGAAGAUGGAAGGUACGUCGUAGGCGAUGAUCUACUUAUACAUCAGGCGUCUGCCAUGUCUCUGAUGAAGCAUUGGUGUGGGAGAGACAAGGCUAUGGUACUGGAGAUGGGCAUUAUCGUCAGGAAGCCGGAGGCAGUUGCGCUACUGCGAGCCGUGCUUACUUCGAAGUCGGUGCUCACCGACGUAUUCAUCGACAGGCUGGAGGAACAUUUCUCGCAAAAGAAGAUACAGAUAUUCGCUAAGAUCCCUGGGGGUAAGACGAUAACCGUGGAGGUUGCGAGAGCCGACACCAUUGCGACUGUCAAGAGCAGGAUCAAGGAUAAGGUGUCCAUUGCAGCAGGUUGUCGUCAUGAGUUGGUCUACGGUAGCAGAUAUCUGAAAGACCGGUGCACCGUUGCCGAAUGCAACCUCGUCAGAGAAUGUACCGUCACCUGCGAAUUCUACAAGAAAUGA